GCCUUUACUUUGUCCUCCAUUGCUCUGUUUUCCUCUGUUUUUCCUCCGUUUAAUUCAUCUACUAAUCGCAAGACAAUCAUGCUUUAAAGGAGCAUAAAUCACGUCUUCCUUUUUUUGGCUCAAAAGAAAAGGGAAAGAAAAAGAACACCCUUUGGAGAAAUUUGUGUCCCUGUGUUUUUAGCCAAGAAAUGAAUUGGGAAACUCAAAAACAAAGUUUCUCUUUCAAAAUAUGAGGCACUUGCCACUACUCUGAAAGUUGUGUUUUUGCUCCUUUGUCCUCUUAAACCCUUCUAAAAUCUAACAAAUUUGUCAUUUUGGAAGAACCCACUUCCUUUUUCUCAUAAAAAGAGUACCCAGAUUCCUCCAAAAAACCACCUUUCUGACUUUACCUUCUACCCAAUUCUUCAAAAGUAGCUACCAUCACGCCUGCUGAAGUCCAAAAAACUCCAGCUUUAGCCAGAGAUGGGAUGUGUGGCUUCUAAACUAGAGGAGGAAGAAGAAGUUGUGUCUGUUUGCAGAGAAAGAAAACGCCUGAUAAAGCUGGUAGUGGAGAGAAGAUAUGCACUUGCAGAGGCACAUUGCAAGUACUGUCAAGCUCUGUGUGCAGUAGCAGCUGCCAUUAAACUCUUUGUGGCUCGCCAUUCCUCACCCUCUUCACCAUUUCUCAUCACUUUCCCUCCACCCUGUCCACCCCCACCCACAGAACAAAAGGUGAUGACCAACCCAAUGUUCCUGCAACAGAGGCCAUCUGAGUCUACGCAUGAAGCCAUUACUUGUGAGUCUUGUGAUUCUUCAACAUCCUCCUAUUAUUCUUCAGAGCCAGAGAGCAAAGAGGAAGAGGUGAGAGAAGAACAGCCUUGUGGUGGGUACUUUUAUAUGCAAAUGCCACCACCAAUGCCAUCACCACAGAGAGAUUUUGGGUGGGAUUUCUUCAACCCAUUUGACGUUAUGAGACCUGAAGUCAUCAGCGGGUACAGCAGGACUUGUGAUGAUGAUUUGAGGGUGCUGAGGGAACAGGAAGGGAUUCCAGAGCUAGAGGAGGAAGGAGAUAACAAAAAGGAAGAAAAAAAGGUAGUCUUUGUUGAAGAACAUGGUGAUGAGCGGCAUGAAGAGUGUGAGGUGGGUCUGGAGAAGGUAGUGGAUGGGGGUAAUAUGAGCCAAGGAGAGCAGAAGGGAUUUUCAGUGAUGGAAAGCCCAGAAAAAGGAAGGGAACUUUUGGAAGCACUGAAGGAUAUUGAAGACCAUUUUGUUAGGGCUUAUGAUUCUGGCAAGGAUGUCUCAAGAAUGCUUGAAGCCAAUAUGGUUCAACUGCAAUCUGGGUUGGAGGAAAUCAAAGCGAAUUCGACAAAGGUCAUCCAAGCUAUUACAUGGCACCGGUCUACUUCAUCUAAGUCGCCAGCAUGCAAGAGCCUUGUGGCAUCCAGUUCCAAAAGUUCUUCAACAUGGAUAGAAUUCAAGAAUGAUCUUUUUGAAGAUUAUGGAGGAAUGGAUUCAGGAAGCCAUUCGCUAACUCUAGGGAGAUUGUAUGCUUGGGAGAAGAAGCUUUAUGAAGAGGUUAAGACUGGAGACAGCAUAAGGAGAAUUUAUGAGAGAAAAUGUUCGAGGUUGGGGGACGAGGAUGUUAAAGGAUAUGACGAACUAACCAUGGACAAAACUAGAGCUGCAGUGAAAGAUUUAUAUGCUAGGAUCUUGGUUGCAAUCAGUAGCGCCGAGUCUAUCUCGAAGAGAAUUCAGAAACUAAGAGACGAAGAACUGCAACCUCAAAUUGUUGAGCUAUUAAAAGGCCUAAUGCAGACCUGGAAAGUUAUGCUGGAAUCUCAUGAAACACAGAACAAAAUUCUCUUUCAAGUAAAAUCUUUUGCCUGCCCCGCAUAUGGAAAAUUUUGCAAUGAUUUUCCCCGUCUUGCUACCCUUCAGCUCGAGGCUGAGCUUCAAAACUGGCGCAGUUGCUUUACUGACUAUGUUGCAGCUCAAAGGGCUUAUGUUAAAACUCUCCAUGAUUGGUUAACCAAGUUCAUAGGCCCGGAAGUCGAAUCUCAUUCCAGGAAGAGGAGUUCAGCUGCGCCAUUUCGAGUUAACGGGCCACCUUUGCUUGUGAUCUGCUACAAUUGGUUAUCAUCUGUGGAUAAGUUACCGGAUAAAGCAGUAUCCUCUGCAUUGAAAAGCUUUUCUAAGGAUGUUAGGGCUCUGUGGACUCAGCAAGGAGAGGAGCAGCGACAAAAGAGGAAAGUUGAUAGUAUGGCGAAGGAGCUUGACAGAAGGACUCUGGCAUUCCAGAAGGCGGAGACAAAGUUUCUUGAGUCCAGGGUCAUUGAACAUAGAUCCGAGACAGAGAUGGAUAACCGGAACGGAUGUUUGACAGAGAAGAAGGAUCACUUGGACAUGUUCAGAAAGAGGCUGGAUGUAGAAAAGGAAAAACACCACAACUACGUGCAGGAAACACAAAGAAUCACAUUGAGUGGAAUUCAAACAGGAUUUUCUUCUGUUUUCGAGUCCUUGGUGGAGUUCUCUAAGGCUUCUCAAAAGAUGUACAAUGACAUUGUCACUCAAAGUGAGAAUGCUGAAAAGAACUUGUCAUACAUAGAAAGCUCCCCGGUUGAAGAAAAUGGCAGUAGAUGACACUGGAAACUUGAUGAGGAUUCAAGGGUUUAGGGUCUACCUGUAUAUUAUUACUUCAUGUCGAAGCAGCUCGCUGAGACAAAUUUAAUUGUGUUUUAGAGUGGUUUUUGUUAAGAUGAAAUUGCUAAUUGUUUAGUGUGGUUUUGCAUGGUAGUGGGAAGCAAAAUGUACCUCUCCAUCUAUGGACAAUUGAUUUUAGAUUGGAUGCCUUUAUUGA